AUGGCCUCAACUGCAAUCGGCAACUUAGGCUCUCUGGCGCGGUAUCGUCGCAUUAUAGAUGUGAUUCGUUUGUGCGCUCGCUUUUGUGGCACGGAUAUUUCGUCUCCGGAUUGGCGCUGGAAUUGGCUCACUCGAUUGGUCGUUGUAAUGAUCUUCAGCUUCUACACUUGCACAAUUUACACUGUUUAUGAGGGUGUUUUUGUCCAGAAGGACCGGACCAUUAUAAUGCAGGCCACUUGCUUUCUAGGAGGUGCCGUCCAGGGAAUGACGAAGAUGUUCUGCUGCAUAUCAUAUCGCCAGGCACUGCGCGAAUCGCAGGCGUUGCUGGAUGCCACCUUUAUGAAGUAUGAGCAGAAGCAUAUGGGAUAUCAGCAGGUGCUGAUCGAUGGCAUUGCCAUGACAAUGCGUGGCAUCAAGUCAUUCGUAGUCUUCAUUGGAAUCGCCCUUGCCAUCAUUAUUGGGUUUCCCAUCAGCUACUAUAUUCUUUACAACAAAAAGAUCAUGAUUAUGCAGUUACUUGUGCCCGGCAUCGAUCCCAACACCAACACUGGUUUUCUAAUUCUAAUUGGUGCUCAUAUUGCGUGUCUGUUUCUUGGGGCCUUUGGAAACUUUGCUGGAGAUAUGUACCUCUUCGUUUUCAUCAACAAUCUGCCGAUGCUAAAGAACAUACUCGGCUGCAGGUUGCAGGAUCUGAACGAUUUAUUGGAUGGCAACUGUAGCCAGGCAGAACUGCAUGCCGAAAUGGUGAAAAUUGUGAAUCUGCAUCAGCAAUACUUGAGCUUGCUGGAGCGUUCGCAGCGCAUUUUCUUUCAUCCCAUAUUUGUGCAGAUCUUUGCGACCGCCUCCGGCAUACUCUGCACCAUGUUCUGCUUGGUGAUGGGCGUGUGGCCGGCAGCUCCAGCCUACUUGGGCUACGGCAUUGUUACCCUCUAUUUCUACUGCGGCCUGGGCAGCAUUGUCGAGGCAUCGAACGAUGACUGCUGCACCAUCAUCUACACGAAGUGCCAGUGGUAUCGGCUGCCACUCCCAUAUCAGAAACUGCUGCUGUUCAUGCUGCACAAAUCGCAGACCAUGAAGAAUCUAACCGUGGGCAACAUGAUGCCCCUGUCGAUGACCACGGCUAUGAACUUGUCAAAGGCGGUCUAUAGUCUGCUGAUGUUGUUGCUGAAUAACGCCGACGAUGUCGGCGGCAGCGUCAAAAGUGAGUGA